AAAACUUCUGCAACAAGAGAAGAAGGGUCUGUCUGUCUCUGGCUGAUGUGUGAAAAUCCCCAAAUUUUUUCUGUCAACAAAUUACUUCUUUAAUCAAAUGAAAACCUUCUAAUCACAGGACCACAAUAGCUCCACUCUUUCUGUCUUUUUUCUUUCAGUGAUUGUUAGCAUAUAUUCAAGGAAUUAGCUUUGGAUUUUUGAUGGGUGGAUAUGAUGAGCAUGGUGGAUUUAAUACGCAAUCUUUUUUCGCGGGUAUGUUGGGUGACGGUACGGGCUCACGGUCAGGACCCGUAGCGGAGCAUGAUGAUAAUAAUAAUGAUGGUGGGUUCACCUUUCCUGGACCGGAUAGAGAAGUUGUGUAUGAAAAAGAUGACGGGAGUCAAAGAGGUCAGACGGUUGAUCAAGUGGUGAAAACAGGUGAAUUUGGUGAGCAGAAAACCGGCCAGCGGGCUGGGCUUGUUGAAAGGAUGGCUGCUAGAGCUGGGCAUAAUGCUCCUAGGUUGGAUACGGAUGUUAUUAAGCCUGCGGGUGGUUCGCAAAAUCAACACGCUCAGUCAGCGUACUUGACGAUUUCACCUAAUCUUAGCCCCGGGGCUUUUUUGGAUUCACCUGUUUUUCUGUCAAACUCAUUGGUUCAACCGUCACCAACAACCGGGAAAUUCCAGUUUGCCCCAAACGACAACAGCGAUGGUAAUAGGAGUAAAGAUAAUUUUGUUGAGGAAGCUAAUAACACAUCAUUUGCUUUCAAACCUUUCCCGGACUCAGCUCCCUUACCUCGUGAUCAUGUCAAUCCACCGUUUAUGUCUGCACAAUCUUUUCAAACUAAUGAAGCUAUAGCUCAAUCUGAUAAGCAAUUUCCACCUCAAAAGAUUGAACCGGCACAAACUUAUCCGGACUUCACCGAAAAGAACAACUUCUCUUUACAAAUGGCUCCAUUUCAACCUCUUAACGGCAAUUCCGAUCGAUCACAACCGCAUCAUGAAGAACAUCAUCAUGAUGAUAGUAUUAAUGCUAAUAGUGCCUCAUCUGAAGAUGGAUAUAAUUGGCGAAAAUAUGGACAGAAACAAGUGAAAGGAAGCGAGUACCCUCGAAGCUAUUAUAAAUGUACUCAUUCAAAUUGUAAUGUGAAAAAGAAAGUUGAGCGUUCUCACGAGGGUCAUAUUACUGAGAUUAUCUACAAGGGGGCCCACAAUCACCCGAAACUUGCUCCGAACCGUCGAUCGGGAAUCGGGUCGUCGAGUGUGAUAGGUGAUAUGCAAGGUGAUGUGAAUGAACAAAAUGGGAAUGGAAAUGGGGUUGAUGGAGGUCCGGUUUGGGGGACAAAUACGCGACAGGGUCAUUGGGGGCAAGAAAGUAAUUUUGAGGUGACGUCGUCGGGGAUGGUUAUGCAGGGUCAGAAUGGUCAAUUUGAAUCUAGUGAUGCUGUUGAUGGGUCAUCCACUUUUUCGAAUGAUGAAGAGGAAGAUGAUCGAGCAACACAUGGUAGUGUGUCACUUGGUUAUGACGGCGAAGGGGAUGAAUCUGAGUCAAAAAGAAGAAAAGUUGAAGCAUAUGCAGCAGAUGUAAGUGGGGCCACUAGAGCCAUCAGGGAGCCUAGAGUUGUCGUCCAAACAACCAGUGAGGUGGAUAUCCUAGACGACGGGUAUCGCUGGCGCAAGUAUGGACAGAAGGUCGUCAAAGGAAACCCAAACCCAAGGAGUUACUACAAGUGCACAAGCGCAGGCUGCACAGUGAGAAAACACGUGGAAAGGGCAUCACAUGAUCUAAAAUCCGUAAUAACAACAUACGAAGGGAAACACAACCAUGACGUGCCUGCCCAGAAAAACAGCCAUAACAACACCAUGUCUGCCGCACAACAAGCUUUAUCCGUUCCACCUCACGUUCACAUGCCCGAGCCAUCACGGAUUCAAAACCCCAUGGCUAGGUUCCAAAGGCCUCCCUAUGGUUUACCCAAUGGUCAGCAGCUAGGUCCUGCUACAACCCAUGGGGGAUAUGGUUACCCAAUGAACCAACAAGGACCGGGAGGGAUGGCUCAUAUGGCUAUGGCUAUGGCUAAACAAGGGAAAAUGCCGGUUCAUCAGUAUUUGAAUCAACCGCAACAAAUGAAUGAAAUGGGAUUUAUGGUGCCGAAAAGUGAGCCAAAGGCGGAGCCCGGGUCGGAUCCUGGUUUGAACCUAGCCAACGGCACGCUGAACUACCAUCAGCUGAUGAACCGGUUACCACUCGGGCCUCAGAUGUAAAUUUUGAUCGAAAUAAGUUAUCGUGGUUAAGGGUUUUUGGGAGGGAAUAGAAAUAUUUAAACUUGAUAUUACAUCAUCUUUUCUUUUUUGUUGUUGCAACUUUGAGGGGUUUUCUUGUUUUUGAGUACUUAUUUUCAAGAAUAUGAAGUUACACUGGGAGAAAGUUUUUCACUUAUACAGCAAUUUUAAUAUAUUAAAGUGGUCA